CAAAUCGUUAGACUUAAAUCCCGUGGGUUUCUCGUUUGUAUUUUCUUCACGCUGUGGCGUCAACCGAGGUAUUUCACCGAUAUCGUUUAUGAUAACUCUCCUUCCGUGUAAAGAUGCUCGGCAAAGCGACUCCACCGAGACGGUCUUUCCACUUGUUGCGACAAUUGGUUUGAUUUUUCCAUAGUAAUGACGAAACACGACCUCACGGUUAUGUAACUGUUCUGGUACCAGUGAGCCAAACAACGAUGAAGUUAACACACAGGAGCAGCGAGUUUCUCAGGCAAAACAAAGCAGAACAUUACGAGGAGGUGAACAGGAAGCUGGUCAGGUGACGUAGAGGAUUGACAGCGCACGCGCACUAAGUGGAACUCCAGGAGAGGUAAACUCGAUGUUUAUUUUAUGUGUGUGAAUCAUCUGGCAGAUUCGUCAGGAAAAAAAACUUUACUAAACAAUUUACAAUCAUCUAAAAGUUGCAGUUGAGGACCCAACAUGGCACAGUAAACGAAUUAAAUUUUAUUUUAACAGUCCUCCCCCAAAUGUCCAAAUCGUUUUUCAAGAUAUGGCAGAUGUGAUGGCAGGACAGAUAUAAGUUGGCGUCGCCUACAGGAGAAGCUCGAACGCCACCGACACCAAGGGUACAUCGAUGAGUCGAUAGUGCCAUGUUAGUGAUGUCACCUCACUAACGAGGAGAGACACGUGCCAGCUUCAGCUCAUUUUCCCAGGCGUCUCGUCGACGUCCAUCCGUGGUUGUCCGUUUCGCUCACGUCGAAACUGCGCUACUCUGACUGCACCAUGGCGGGAUAUCAGAUGGUUUGGGCCGCGGACGACGCGCCUGAGUACUGCGGCGUUUCAGGUGUUUCUUUCGCCGACCCCUCUGUGUACAGCUCUUACAUCCAGGCGUCAUGGUUUACCAGGACCAGGAAGUUCCUUUUGCAAAGGGCUGUUUUUGACUUGGUGGCCACUUACCAGGUCCUUGAAAGAGAUGAUAAAAGGCUGCUGGCCUGGUAUCUCCAUCUGUCUUCACAGGACAGACAGAUCAUACUUGAUGAAGGAGGUUUCCAGCAGUUUCUGCAAAGACAUCCUGCACUUGAGUUGUGUCCUCGAUAUGUCUCUUUGAAACAAAUGGUCGCCACAGAACAGGACGUGAGGAGGCUGCCAGUCAGUGCUCCGAUAGUUGGCUCCCUGAGGUGCAGGAUGGCAUCCCCAAAUUUUCCAGGUGCCCACGACAGAGUGGUCAGAGUGAUCCCACACCAGAUUUCAGCGAUCCAGGAUGUGUCGCACAGCGGCCUCUGCACUCAUCUUUACAGCCUGGCAGCUACUCCGCUGGACACAUGCAUGCAGUCUGGCUUCAGCACCAAGAGGUCGACAGAGUUGGAUCCGGAGUACCAGAGCUUUAAUGCAGUCAAGCUUGAAAUUGAAAAACUUGUUGAGUUUGAGGAACCUGAAGAUGCCAAAUCUAACAGUGUCCCACUGAGCUUGUCCACUGAGGACACUCCCACGAAAGUGAAUCCGAAUGAUCUGGCGAAACCUCGGGAGCUCGCAGUGCAGGAUGAGAAUGGAAACUCUGGAACGGAGCGCUCCCACACCAACACUGUGGACCACCAAAGCGUUGGCUGUUCUCUGGCCUGGCAAAGCUGCGCCCAGUCGACUGGGCAGGGGAGAUCUUGUGUUGGCGUUUCCGUCAGCGACAUGCAGAAAGCAGCUCCAGAGAUGAGUCCACAUUCUUCUGUCUCUUCCUGUGACCCGCUGAUCAGGGCCAAGCACGUCCAGUUUGUGUCGGUGUCCACCCAAACUCAUGCUCCCACGGCAGCAGAUAAGAAUGUGGUCACGGAUGUCCACAUGCGAGAUCUGGACUGGAUCAUGAAGGAAUUCACCAGACUGUAUGCAGCAGCUCAAGCACGUUGCAAGCAAGAGAAAAAUUGGAAAAAGCUGGACCAGCGUGUUCGGCAUGCAGAGCUGUACGUCCUGACUCUGCAGUACAGCAUGUGUCGGCAGCACUGCUGGAGACUUUUCAACAUGUCAAGUGAAGGACCGAGUUUGUACAUGCUACAUGGAGCUCCGUCCCAGUGUUGGCCUCAGGACACUCCGCCCAAGGUCGUGUCUGUUCUGCGAAAAUUGGACUGUGACUAUCGCGAGAUGAGAGACCAGAUCAUGGCAGGAGUUCCACUGAAAGACUUGAAAGCUUUGUCUGUUGAUGCCAAGAUGGUCACUGGAACUAGCUACAUCCCACUGCCCACCUACCAAGUAAAGAUGGUAGGCGAGUUCCUGGCCUCUGCACAGCCAAGCGAUGACCAAGUCCCUGGAAGCACCAUGGCAGAGAAAAAAGCAGCAACUUCAAAAACAAGUAACACCUCUGGUAGCGGAGCGGCCUUAAACAUGUCUCCAGACAAUUCCAGUGAGAUGUGGUUCGAUGCUGUGGAAUGCUUUUCGCCCACAGCCAAACACAAGAUCCCCAAACAGUGGAAUGAUGGGGCUUCAGAUGAAGAAGAGCCUCCCGCGAGUAUCACUCUCUGUGUUUCUAAUCUCCCCCUGACUGUGACGGAGAGAGACGCGUUUGCCAUGUUUGAAAACUACAGUGUCGUUGAUGUGAAGAUUUCCUCGUUUAAUAACAGUUCCAGAGUGGCCACUGUGAAGGUCAGAGGCUCCCACUCAGCCCUGAAGGCCGUGGCAGCCCUGAAUGGCUGCACUGUUCAAGGCCAUGUUUUACAUGUGGAGGAGGCCAAGAGAGGCAGUCGGGGCCAAGUGUUGCCCCUCAGUGCCCCCAGCAGCGGGCCCGGCUGCAUCGACAGGAAGGUGACGGUCCAGCCUCCGCAGAGGAACAUCGCCACACACCCAGCGGCCAAAGACGGCUUCCUUCCAACACAUUUGGGCUCCAUGGAAAGCAUGGACAUCCUCAUGGCUGAGAUGAAGCAGCGCCAUCCAGGUGUUGGGUGGGAGAGGAUACUGGAUGCCUUUGCAGAGCUGCAUGGCAAGCACAGACUGUUGGGCAUUUCCCUGAAGACCGUCAGCCAGAUGAUGUCUGAGCUCCUGACCAGUCCUGCCAACGUAACUCCGUAGUGAUGCGCUUGUUGCUUCCAGUUGUUAUCACUCAAGUCUGUGUUCUGUUUGAUAUAGUUGUUCGAAAGAACAUGGUUAAAGAGGUGGAAAAAGAAACGUGGAGUUAGAAGUUUUUGUUUGUACAUUUUGAAUGUUCAAAGAUGUUC